GAAUUGUUAAUCUCUUUUGUUGUCUCUGUUGUCUUUCCUAACAGAGAAACUAAGCUUAGUAAGCCUGGAGGAUUGCUUUGGUCAAGGACAGAAAAGUGAGUUCAGAGGCUUCCUUGUCUGUCUAAGUCCAUUCAGACUGCUAUAACAGAAUCCACAGACUGGGUCUUUAUAAACAAUAGCAAUUUAUUGCUCAGAGUUCUGGAGACUAGAAGUCUGCAUGGUUAGGUGAGGGCUCUCUUCCACAUAGCAGAAUUCUCGUUGUAUCCUCACAAGGUGGCAAGGGACUCUGGAGCCUAUUGUAUAAGGCAGUAGUCUCACUCAUGAUGAUUUCACCCUUAAGAAUUAAGUACCUACCAAAGGCCUUACUAUUAAUACCAUCUUAUCAGGUAUUAGGAUUUCAGUGUUUGAAUUUUGAGGGGACACAAACAUUGCAUCCAUACAUUGUCUUUCCCACUUAGCAGCCGAAGGACUUGCUUGCAGAUGUGUCGUCUUGUACAUCUUUGACCUCAUAUCCCAGUUAUGUUGUGUCAGCACGGUAGGUAUUUAUAAUUUGGUCCUUUUGUUAGCCAGAUCUAGAGAGUUGAGUUGGAAACCUUGUUGAGUGCUACCUCAAGAAUUCCAUCAUUGCAGAUGUUUUGUUAGGUUAACUUAAAAACAGGUAUAUGUUGGUGUCAGUGAAGCGGGUCAGAGACAUUAAAUAAGCACAACAUUAAAAAGACAGCUGUCAGGGCUCCAGUCAGGACCCCCUGCAGCCCAGAAAAGCUGAAACAAGCCUGGCCGAGUCGGGAAAAGAUCUCAGACGGUUUUUCUGAGUCGGGCUGCCCUGGGGAGGAGCCUCCUGGGUCUCCAACGGCCCUGCUACCCGCCCAAGCCCCCAGGGGGUGCUGAGACCUAGUGGACCAGCUGCAUAGGACUGCCAGCUCCAGACAGGACCCCCUGCAGCCCAGACAAGCUGCAACAAGCCUGGCCGAGUCGGGAAAAGAUCUCAGACGGUCUUUCUGAGUCGGGCUGCCCUGGGGAGGAGCCUCUUGGGCUUCCAGUGGCCCUGCUACCCGCCCAAGCCCCCAGGGGGUGCCCCACUCCCGCAGAAUAGCUGCUCAGCACCACCAGCCCCCUGGAAGAGCCCCUGCAGCCCAGAAAAGCUGCAACAAGCUCGGCCGGACUGUGAAAAGAUCCGCCUACAUUCUCAGGCUGUCCUUCUGAGGUGGGCUGCCCUAGGGAAGAGCCUCUUAGGUUCUCAGCGACCCAGAUAGCUGCUCCAGCCCCCAGGGGGUGCUGCACUCCUGAGGAACAGCUGCCCAACACCGCCAACCCCCUGCAAGAACCCCACAGCCUAAAAACACCAGAGCAAGCUCUGCAUGACCAAGUGAAAUCUGCUACCAUCGUGAUGUGGACCUCCCAGUUCUGUCUUCCCUCAGGAAGCCCUCCUUUGCUUCAAAGAAACACUGUUAGCCCCAUUAACACUCCAGAAAAGCCACACUGCCUCAAAAAAGAUUGAGCACCAACGCCAGCCCUCAGGAAAUAUUCCACGGCAGUGACAAGGCAAACACUGCCCGAUAACGGAGAGUACAACUCCCUCAGGAGAAAGAAAACAACAAGCAAGAUGAAGAAGCUGAGAAACCACCCCCAGUCAAACCAACAGGAGAACUCACCUAAAACAGUCAACAAUGAAACAGAUCUCUGCAGUCUGACAGACCUGGAGUUCAAAAGAGAAAUAGUGAAAAUACUGAAGGAAUUAAGAGACGAUAUGAACAGUAAUGCAGAUACCCUCAGAAAGGAGCUAGAAAAUGUAAGGAGGAGCCAAGAAAAACUAGAACAUUCAUUUGCAGAGAUGCAAACUGAACUAAGGGCAGUAAAAACCAGAAUGAAUAAUGCAGAAGAACGAAUCAGUGAUAUGGAAGAUAGAAUAAUGGAAAUCACUCAAUCUGGUCAACAGACAGAAAACCGAAUCAAAAAACUGGAAAGCAAUAUAAGAGACCUAUGGGAUAAUAUAAAGCGGGCCAAUCUACGCAUAAUAGGAAUUCCAGAAGGAGUAGAAAAAGAUAAGGGGAUGGAAAAUAUAUUUGAAGAAAUUAUCGCUGGAAACUUCCCAAAUCUAAAGGAUACUGGGUUCAAGAUACAAGAAGCACAGAGGGCCCCAAACAAACUGAACCCAAACAGACCCACACCAAGACACAUCAUAAUAAAAAUGGCAAAAGUUAGUGAUAAAGAGAGGAUCCUAAAGGCAGCAAGAGAAAAACAGAAUGUUACCUACAAGGGAACCCCCAUAAGAAUAUCAGCUGAUUUCUCUACAGAAACACUACAGGCCAGGAGGGAAUGGCAAGAGAUAUUUAAAGUGCUCAAAGGAAAAAAUAUGCAACCUAGAAUACUCUAUCCAGCAGAAUAUCAUUUAAAAUAGAAGGGGAAAUAAAAAAUUUUUCCCAACAAACAAAAACUUAAAGAAUACAGCAACACAAAACCCAGGUUAAAGGAAAUAUUGAAAGGGCUUCUCUAAACCAAAAAGAAAGGCAGGAAAGGGAAGAAAAAAGAAAAAAGAAGAAAGAAGAAGAGGAAGAACUAGGACUGAGGAAACCGCAAUCAGAGAGCAGUCACUCAAAUAAGCCAGCAUACAGAUUUAAUCAUGAACAUGCUUCAAACAAAAUAAAAUUAAAAGGAAAAAAAUAAGAAAGAGUCAUCAAAACCAUAAAAUGUGGGCAAGGGAUGUUAGGAGGUAAAUAACCCUUUUUGUUUGUUUGUAUGUCUCUCUUAACUUUAAUAUAGUAAUGAAGGGUUUGAACUUACAGGACCAUCAGGCUAAAACACACAAUUAUGGGAAGGGGUUAGCAUACUUAAAAAACAGGGCAACCACAAGCCAAAGCCAAAUAUUGCAUUUGAAAAAAAGAAAAAAAUACGCUCAAGCAGAUAAUAACAGGAGACCAUCCAACCAAAAAAAAAA